GGUGUCUUGUGGGCAAUUGGAUGCCCGGCUCUUACCUCUUCUACAACACAUUCUUCAUGCUAUGCCUGUUGUGGUCAAUGCACUCGAGGGACUCACACGACCCCCUAUUGCUGGCCAUUUUGAUCAACUUAUUGUCCAUCGUAUUGGACGCCAUCACUAUUGGCAUCUACUAUGAAGAGUCCCACAACAGGCCGUGGUUUGGCUUCAGUAUAUUUAUGGCCAUCACAAAUCUGCUGCUCCGGCCGAUCACAUCGCUUGUGCUGUUGCGCGUAUACAACGAACGAAACGGCCGGUACUCCACGUUUGGUAUCCCCGGUUUGGGUGGCCUUAACCCGUCGGGUGGCGGCGCCGGUAUGUUUGGCACCGGCGGAGGCCCGGGUGGUCGCGGCUCCUAUGAGAACAUCGAUGGGGCGGCCGCUGGUGGCGGAGCCCCCCGGCAGGCGGUGCCCAGUCCUAUACACGAUCUCGAGGCCAAUAACUAUAAGUGAAGGGCACAGAGGGGUCGGG